CCUCAUUCUACAUAGAGAAAUCUCCAAAACGUUUUCUCUAAUACUCCAUCAUUUCUUAGUAAUAUUUUUCAAAAAUAGAAGUUUAGUGUUUUUGCCACUACAGAGUUUUCCUUGAAAAUCUGCAGAGAAAAUUUCUUCUAAUGUCAAGUCAUUAACGUACACAGGCUGGUUUUUAAGUUUAGGAUCUCGUUCUUUCAUUCUCCUGCCAUCCUCACCGGAGCCAACGUCAGAUUCCGAUAACUUUUUGUGGAAGAAGAUAGAAAAAUGGUAAAGUCUCUCGAAGUCGUAGGGACUGAAUCCAAGCCCCCGGAGCAGAAAUUUGAAUCCAACAUCGUCAUAGCCGAAGAUGAAGAAGACGAGGAGGAAAACGACAAUCCAAUAGAAGAAGUUCGGUUAACCGUACCGAUAACCGACGAUCCGUCUCAACCGGUCUUAACAUUCCGUACAUGGUUCUUAGGAAUGAUAUCGUGCGUGGUACUCGCGUUCGUGAACAAUUUCUUCGGUUACCGAUCGAACCCGCUCAUCGUAUCUGGAGUCGUGGCUCAGAUCGUAACUCUCCCAAUAGGAAAGCUCAUGGUCACGACUAUACCGACGAGAAAAUUCCGGUUACCCGGUACUAAUUGGUCCGGUUCGUUGAAUCCCGGACCAUUCAACAUAAAGGAACAUGUGUUGAUCACUAUAUUCGCUAGUACCGGUGCCGGAGGAGUUUAUGCGACCAGCAUUGUUACCAUCGUUAAAGCAUUUUACCACCGGGAUCUCAAUCCCGCCGCCGCCAUGUUGCUUAUGCAAACCACUCAGUUGUUAGGGUACGGAUGGGCCGGUAUGUUCAGGAAAUUCUUGGUGGACUCACCGUACAUGUGGUGGCCGUCAAAUCUUGUUCAAGUCUCUCUCUUUAGAGCCUUACAUGAGAAGGAGGACAAAUGUGAAUGGAAACAAACGAGGCUUAGAUUCUUCCUAAUAGUCUUCUUCACGAGCUUUGCGUACUACAUAAUACCUGGCUACAUUUUCCCUUCCAUUUCAUCCCUCUCCUUCGUCUGCUGGAUAUGGAAACGCUCCGUGACGGUUCAACAGAUCGGUUCAGGUACGAAGGGUCUCGGCAUUGGCUCGUUUGGUCUCGACUGGUCCACAGUUGCAGCUUUCUUAGGCAGUCCUUUAGCCGUACCCUUCUUCGCUAUAGCCAAUUGCUUUGCCGGAUUCGUCAUCUUCUUCUAUAUAAUCCUUCCUAUUUUCUACUGGACCAACGCUUACAAGGCAAAGAAGUUUCCUCUCUAUACCUCUAGUCCAUUUGAUUACACCGGUCAGCGUUUCAACACCACCCGUAUCAUCAACCAGAAAACAUUCGACGUCAAUCUUGCCGCCUACGAAAGCUAUAGCAAGCUUUACCUUAGCGUUCUGUUUGCUCUCAUCUAUGGACUCAGCUUCGGUACUCUUACCGCAACCAUUUCUCACGUCGCCCUCUUUGACGGAAAGUCUAUAUGGAGGAUGUGGAAGAAGGCGACUUCGGCAACAAAGGACAAAUUUGGAGAUGUGCAUACAAGACUGAUGAAGAAGAACUACAAGGAAGUACCUCAAUGGUGGUUCCUGUCGGUUCUCAUUGUUUCCUUUGUGCUAGCUCUUUACGCAUGUGAAGGAUUUGGCAAACAGCUUCAGCUUCCAUGGUGGGCACUUCUACUUGCUUGUGCCAUUGCCUUUACCUUCACUUUGCCUAUCGGAGUCAUCCAAGCGACUACAAACCAGCAAAUGGGUCUUAACGUUAUAACUGAACUGAUCAUCGGGUACUUGUACCCGGGAAAGCCACUUGCCAAUGUGACUUUCAAGACUUACGGGUACAUAAGUAUGUCCCAAGCCUUGUCUUUUGUUGGAGACUUCAAACUUGGUCACUACAUGAAGAUUCCUCCGAGAUCUAUGUUCCUUGUUCAGCUUGUUGCUACUAUUGUUGCUUCCGCUGUCAACUUUGGGACCACAUGGUGGCUGCUUUCUACAGUCGAGAACAUCUGUAACGCAGAUAAGCUCCCAAAGAGUAGUCCAUGGACUUGCCCUGGGGACGAACUGUUCUACCAUGCGUCGAUCAUUUGGGGAGUCAUCGGUCCUGCAAGGAUGUUCACAAGCAAAGGCGUUUACCCCGGGAUGAACUGGUUCUUCCUCAUCGGCUUACUCGCUCCUGUCCCGGUCUGGUUCUUUGCAAGGAAGUUCCCGGAGAAGAAGUGGAUAAAGCAGGUUCAUGUUCCCUUGAUCUUCUCAGCGGCUAGCGCCAUGCCAAUGGCCAAGGCUGUGCAUUACUGGUCGUGGGUCACUGUUGGGGUCAUCUUCAACUACUAUAUCUUCAAGAGGUACAAGGGAUGGUGGGCAAGGCACAACUACAUACUCUCUGCAGGUCUUGAUGCAGGCACUGCGAUCAUGGGAGUGUUGAUCUACUUUGCGUUACAGAACAACAACAUAAGUUUUCCCAAUUGGUGGGGGAGUGAGAACUCAGACCAUUGCCCUUUGGCGAAUUGCCCGACAGAGAAAGGGAUUGUCGUCAUGGGCUGCCCUGUGUUCUAAAGAGCUUUGCUCUGUAGAGACCUGCAGAUGAGUGACUGCUUCUGCCAAAUGGUUUGGUGAUCAUAAUAAUAUUGUGUAGAGACUUCUGUGUGAGCUUAAGAAGAAAGGAACUCAAACAAUGUAGAAAAUAAUUUAGAAUAUUUUAAAGAUUUUUAACUAUGCAUCUUGCAAGUUAAGAACAGCAAAAGAUCAUAGCUUUUAACAUAAACUCAAUCAACUGAAGUAGGACUUGAUAUGAGAGAGAGAUUCUUGCAUUAAGCAUUUAAAAAAAUUCAACAAAUAAUAAUUA